GCUGUACUCAGCCCCUUCCAUAUCCACCUCUCGUCUCUACGCGUGCCCGACCAUCUCCCGUGAUCCAGAGUUUGACCGCCAUCAACAUGGCAUCUCCAGUCAUUGUUGCCGUCAAUCUUUGCAACCCAAAAACUUGAUUUCCGGUCACAUUUCUUGUCUGUCAUUGAUUGUGUUUGAUUUAGGCUCGGGCAAUUUAUUGAUCAACCUUUCCUUCCUUGAAUUCUCCAUCGUUUGUUUUAGCGCCGCUAUUAUUCUGUCGAACAGAUUCUUCUCCUCGACUCACAUUCCUUGACAACGAAUGCUAAAAAGAAUCAAGUUCUCAUCCCGCUCCUGCCCUCAGAACACACAAUUCUGCCCUAGGUCAGCAAGAGUGGCAGAGCGCCGAUAUGCAUAAAUACCGCCGACAGGCAAAAUUUGCCGCCUGGUACGAUGACCCAAACGAACAGUCGACAGCCAUAUUCCCAAACCCUUUUAAAAAAUGGAGGCCAGGCACGAGGGGGGAUUCCCUAAGUUUGGCUGAGGGCGGAGAUGGUGCUUUUGUACGACGCACCAUCACCGAUGAUCCCAACAACCAUCGACCCGAGACCCGUGAUGGUGGAAAACAACUUGUUGGUGGCCAGUCGUCUUCUCGGCAGGUAGCUAGCACCCCAAAUGCACGGUCAAAGGCUCCAUCAUAUUAUCCUGGCAACGAUGUCAUCAUCCCUCGGUCGGAUAGUCCCACACAGUCGUUGCGUCAAGAAAAGACAGCUGAUCACACUGAAGAGCUAGGGGCUCUUCCAAGUGGCGAAUACCACUCCAAUGGCGCUGUAAACCCCUCCGAUGAGCAGGAUGGCAUCAGGAACCGCAGCAAUGGUGAUUCGCAGGACAAACAUGGCAUCAAGAAGUUGUUCAGCAACAGCACCAAUAGCCCCGACGACAACAACGGCAAGGAAAAGAAGAAGUUUACAGCCUGGGGACAAAUUCACGCGACCUUGUUCAAUUCGUGGAUCAAUGUCCUCCUGAUCGCCUCACCUGUGGGGAUUGCGGUCCACUACGCUGGUGUCAACGAAGUCGCCGUCUUUGUCAUCAAUUUCAUUGCCAUUAUCCCCUUGGCAGCUAUGCUGAGCUAUGCAACCGAGGAGAUUGCGCUACGGACGGGUGAAGUCCUGGGAGGUCUUCUUAAUGCUUCUUUCGGCAACGCCGUUGAACUGAUUGUGUCCAUCAUUGCAUUGGCCAAGGAUCAAGUUCUAAUUGUUCAGACAUCUUUGAUCGGCAGCAUGUUGUCCAACCUCCUCCUCGUGCUUGGCAUGUGCUUUUUCUUUGGAGGUAUCAAUCGCAUGGAGCAAGCAUUCAAUAUGACGGUGGCCCAAACGGCUGCCAGUCUCCUGUUUCUUGCAGUCAGCAGUUUGAUCAUUCCCACUGCAUUUGAGCAAUGGGCCCGGACAGGAGACAACAGCACUACCGAGACUGCCACGACGGAAAACCCAAAGCCGGGUGUGGCCAACAUUAGUCGGGCGACGGCAAUCCUGCUCUUGCUGGUAUAUGGAUGUUAUCUUUUCUUCCAGCUCAAGAGUCAUUCCACCAUGUACAAUGCGCCAAGCGCGAAGAAUCCCACCCGGGAUGUGGGAUCCAAGUUGAAGAAUGCCAUGAUUCCAGACAGACUGCGCUCGAAGGAGAUGCCAUCCCGAGACGAGGCAUCGACUACAUCAGACAAGGCAGAGGACGAGGCGGAAGAGCCCCAGCUGUCGAUCCUCGUCGCUGUCCUGACACUGGCCAUUUCUACUGUCUUGGUCGCUUUGAAUGCCGAAUAUCUUGUCGAUUCGAUCAAUGCCAUCACUUGUGGCGGAGGCAUCUCCAAGAACUUUGUGGGCUUGAUCCUCUUGCCUAUCGUUGGCAACGCCGCCGAGCACGCCACAGCCGUCACUGUGGCGGUCAAAGACAAAAUGGACCUGGCUAUCGGUGUCGCCGUUGGGUCGAGCAUGCAAAUCGCCUUGUUAGUUUUACCUUUUGUCGUGGUACUGGGUUGGAUAAUGGGCAAGGACGAUAUGACCUUAUUUUUUGACGGCUUUCAAAUUGCUGUUCUUUUUGUGGCCGUUCUGUUGGUCAACUACUUGAUACAGGACGGCAAGUCACAUUGGCUGGAGGGUGUUUUGCUCAUCAUGUUGUACAUCAUCAUUGCAGUUGCUGCCUGGUUCUACCCCACUGCCCCGGGUCUGAGCGACUGUCCUGCAGAAUGAGGUGGAGGAGACAUGGGAUUGUCCUGGGGAGCGGGGAGGAUUGUGCCAAUAGAUUUGGCGGGACGCGGUUGAAUAGGAUGUACAUCAUGGGUUCGUGAAACGACGUUGGAAUAGGAAGGGUUGGGAUGCUGUAAGCUACCUAGUAUGUGGUAUUGCAACUUAUCCCUAGGCCAAAAUGGGCGGCCAUUGGACGAGUCAAUGUCGUAGUCUUGAUGGGCUUCCACUAUACACCAAAUCAUAGGCUUUAUACCUGUGCAGCAGGACUUGAGCACGCGGUUGCAAAGGAU